UCAUGCUCAUUCCAGGUUGAAAGAUGGAUGCUCUCAAGGUUCAGAUUCUACCUGAGCACCAAUCAUCGCCGUCGUCUACGUACACGCUCGCAAAUCCUAAGUCGAACCCCACAAAAUCGUUGAUCAUGCUACUGUUCAUCGCUUCCGUGGCUGUUACGUUAGGGCUACUGUAUGUUUCCAAUUCAAAUUCAGCACUAGUCUCCGGAAGUUUGCUUUGCCCUAGAACUUCGCUCAGGUACAGCGUCGUUAUCGAUGCCGGGAGUUCGGGGACCCGAGUUCAUGUUUUCGCGUACUGGUUUGAUCAGUACGGUGAACCCGUUUUCGAUUUCGGAGAGAAGCAUUACGCUGAUAUGAAGUUGACUCCUGGUUUGUCAGCGUAUGCUGAUAACCCCGAGGGAGCAAGCGUGUUAGUGAAGAAGCUUGUGGAAUUUGCCAAGAAUAGAAUCCCCAAGAGGAAACUGAGGAAGAGUGACAUUAGGUUAAUGGCGACUGCUGGGAUGAGAUUGCUGGAAGUGCCUGUUCAAGAACAGAUUCUUGACGUUACAAGAAGAGUUCUUCGAUCUUCUGGUUUUAUAUUUCGUCACGAAUGGGCUACUGUUAUCUCUGGAUCUGAUGAAGGUAUAUAUGCUUGGGUUAUUGCCAAUCACGCACUUGGUUCGCUUGGAAGUGAUCCGUUGGAAACAACGGGGAUUGUUGAACUCGGCGGGGCUUCUGCACAGGUGACAUUUGUGUCAAGUGAGCAUGUGCCUCCUGAGUUCUCGCGUACGAUAGCCUAUAAAAAUGUUUCAUACACAAUCUACAGUCACAGCUUCCUCCACUAUGGGAAGGAUGCAGCUCUAAAAAGGUUAUUGGAAUCACUUCAAAACUUAGCUGCAAACUCUACAGGGGAUGGAAUAGUUGAUGACCCAUGUACUCCUAAAGGGUACAUCUACGACACAAGUUCACAGAAAUAUUCAUCCGGAUUCUUAGCUGAUGAAAGCAAAUUGAAAGGCUCCCUUCAAGCUGCUGGUAAUUUCUCAAAAUGCCGAUCCGCUACGUUUCAACUUUUACAAGAAGGAAAAGAGAACUGUCUAUAUAAGCAUUGUUCUAUUGGAUCAACAUUCACACCUGAUCUUCAAGGAAGUUUUUUGGCUACAUCAAAUUUCUACUAUACCGCUGAGUUCUUUGAGUUGAGAGAAAAGGGUUGGUUGUCUGAAUUGAUUCCAGCCGGGAAGAAAUAUUGUGGAGAAGAAUGGUCAAAACUGAAAUUGGAGUACCCAACAACCGAAGAAGAAUUUUUGCGUGGGUAUUGCUUCUCAUCGGCAUAUAUUAUCGCAAUGCUUCACGAUAGUCUUGGUAUUGCUCUUGAUGAUGAAAGAAUCAAGUAUGCGAGUAACGCAGGAGAAAAACACAUACCACUAGAUUGGGCAUUAGGCGCUUUUAUCCUAGAUACUGUUACACCCACUUCUUACAAAGGUGGUAAAUCUAGAAAACAUCUUGGCUUUUUAAGUAACGUAGCCAAUUACAAAAUAUGAAAUCAUAUUUUUGUAUUCUACGUUAAAUUGUGUUUGAAAGUUGAAACUAUCAUUUUUUUUCUUUUCAAUGUAAUAAGUUAGCUACGCCCUUUGGUGGGUGUGUAUGAAUAAUUUUCCCCUGCGUGGGAUUGUCUGUUCUCGUUAGUGGGACUGUAUUGUAUGCAGUUUUUGUUGUGUUCUUCUCAAUAUAUAAUAUAUAAUGCUUUGAAACA